AUGAAUGAUAUCGACGAGAAAUUAGUUAGUCAAGAGAAAGGAAUUGAUGUCCGUAAAUCAGCAGAAGAAAUGGAUGAGCAACGUCAAAAGACUCUUGCUUAUGAGUACCUAUGUCACUUAGAAGAAGCUAAAAAAUGGAUGGAAGCAUGCCUUAGAGAAAUACUUCCACCUACAACUGAAUUAGAAGAGAACUUGAGGAAUGGGGUGUAUCUGGCAAAACUUGCUCAUUUUAUGGCACCUGAAUCUUUGCCCCUUAAUAAAAUUUAUGAUUCUGAACAGAAACGUUAUGCAGCAGUUGGUUUACAGUUUCGUCAUACAGACAAUAUUAAUCAUUUUCUGAAAUCAUUAAAAUCUAUGCAGUUACCAUUGACCUUUCAACCAGAGACUACAGAUAUUUAUGAUAAGAAGAAUAUGCCACGUGUUAUAUAUUGUAUUCAUGCUCUUAGUACUCAUUUAUUUAAACUUGGUAAAGCUCCACAGAUUCAAGAUUUGUAUGGAAAAGUGAACUUCACUGAUGAAGAAAUCAAUGCUGUUAGUAAAGAAUUGAACAAGUAUGGGAUUCAGAUGCCUUCAUUUCAGAAAAUUGGUGGACUAUUGGCAAAUAGUAUGGAGAUUGAUGCAGCUACGCUUCAUGCUGCGGUAAUAGCGAUUAACCAGGCCAUUGCAUAUAAAGAUCAUAAUAAAAUAUUAACUGCGCUUCAGAACAAAGUAGUACAAAUAAAUAAUAUUAAUCCUUACUACAUUAAGGAAUAUAGCGAUACAUUGUCAGAGGCAAAGGAUUCUAAACAACAAGCUGCUCUAAAUAGAUCUCUUAACGAUAGCUAUGUGCCAGAUGUAUAUGAUGAAUUAUUAACUCAGGCUGAAAUUCAGGGACAUAUUAAUUACGUUAAUCUUCACUGUGCAGUGGAAAACAUAACUCAUUCUAUUCAUGAGGACACUGAUGAGUUUGUAGAUGCAUUGAAAACAUCAAUUUUGGAUUUAAAAAAUGUUGCACGUGAAAAUGCAGAAUUAUACAAAGAACAAUUGAUGCAGUUAUUAGAAAGUUCUGAAUGGAAUAAUACAUAUUCAGAAAGCAAUCAUCAUUGGAAGCAAUUACUUCAAAAAGGAAUUGAUAAAGCAAAUGAAACAGCACUUAAAUCUCGGAAACGCGAAGAAGGUGUUAAACUAGUAAAUUCAAUAUUACAAAAUAGUUUGAAAAAGGAUUUCUGUGACGCAUUAAAAAAUCCGAAGCUUGGAUUAAUCAAAGAAAUUGAUGAUUUUGCGAUACCGCUAUAUUAUGAAGAAAUGAAAAUCGAUCGUAUGGAAUCUCAGAACGACCUUUCGUAUAGCGAUAUUGUAGUGAGUAUACGUGUAUUGUCAAUGAUCGCAGAGAUCAGUAAAGCUGUAGACACGGGAAAUCCAGAUUUAGUUUAUCAAGCAUUACAAAAUCCGGACUGUCAUGUUUCUGGAUUGGAUCCUGAGAAUAAGGUAAAGUAUUACAGAGCACUGGCAGUAGUUCGGUGUGAAAAGCAAGCAAUAUCCGAGGAAUGUCCUUUAUUAACAUACAUUGAUAUUCAAGAGUGUAUUGAUGUUGUAAAUGAACAAUGUCAAAAUGAUGAUGUUGUAAUACAAGUACUGCGUCAAUUAAAUUUAGCUGUUGUGGAGAACGAUCGAAAAGGAAUUAUAACUGCUUUAAAAGAUACCGCUUUAAAGUUGCAGAAACCUACUUCACCGGAAGAUGCAUCUCUUUAUUUGAAAUUGUUUAAAAAAUGUCUCGCUGAAAAACACUUUGAUGGUUCUGAAUUAUGGUUGGAGGAUGUAGAAGCAAUAACAAAAAUCGUUGCUGCUGAAGCUGAAAAUGUGCAGAAUGUGUGUACAUUUUUAUCCCAAGUAAAUUUAGGUUUACAACGAAAUGACAUGUUAUUUACGAUUGAUUGCCUCCAAACGUUUGGUUUUAAAAUAUCAGAUAAAUAUAAAACAGAUUGUUUUCAAAGCCUCUAUAACUUACAAAAGAUGAAGAGUGAAAAAUACGAGUGUGCAUUUGUUCGUUAUAUUACUCCUAAAGGCAAUGAAUCGUAUUUAGAUUUACAAAAGUAUAAUUAUACCUGGGACUGUCCAAAAACCAUAUCGGAAACAUAUUAUAUCAACAUGGAAGAUAUCAAGGGAAUAGUAAAGAAAACUACUACUACUACUACUACUACUACUACUAGUGAACUGGAAGAACAUACAAUAAGUAAAAGGAUAAUUCGAUUACAAGCUUGUAUACGAGGAUAUUUAUUACGAAAAAGAAUUUCCGACAGAUUCGCAUAUUUCUAUGACAAUGCAGAUAAAAUUAUUCAAAUACAAGCCUGGUGGCGUAGUAUAGUACAGCGUAAACGAUAUGCUAAAUUAAUAGCAGAAAAAAAAAGAAAUUGUAAUAGUGAAAAAUUUCAAAGUACAUAUUUAAAAUUUCGAAACAAAUAUAUCAACAUAUUAGAUUACUAUAGACAACAUGAGGAAAAAAUAAUGAAAAUACAAGCUUUGUGGCGUGGUCGUGCCGAAAGACGUGCGUUUCACUCAUUGCUGUAUACUGAAAAACCACCAUUUCCUGUUGUACGACAUUUUUCUGCACUUUUAAAUUUUAAUGCAGAAGAUUAUGAUAAAGAUUUACAGCUACAACAAUUGAAACAUGAAGUAGUACAAAGCAUACGUCAUAAUCAAACUCUGUCACAGCAACUGGAUAGUAUGGACAUAAAAAUUGGUUUACUUAUACAAAAUAGGAUCACGCUACAAGAUGUUGUAGCGCAUGGAAAGAGUUUGGACACACUUGCAAAACAGAAGAAUUCAAACAGAGAUCAAAAAAACGCUUUAUCAGAUAGUGCUAUUUCACAUAAAGGUUUAAAAUCUUUAACGAAAGAAGGUCGGAAAACGUUAGAGGGAUAUCAACAUUUAUUUUAUGCGUUGCAAACUAAUCCGACGUAUUUGUCGAAGCUUUUAUUCCUUUUGCCACAAAGUAAAACGAAUAAAUUUCUUCAAAAUGUGAUUUUAACAUUGUAUAAUUUUGGAUCAAAUAUAAGAGAGGAAUAUUUAUUAUUGAAACUCUUUGGUAGCGCAUUACAAGAAGAAAUCAGGUGUAAAUUUCAAAAACCAUCUGAAGUUGUAACUGGAAAUCCACUUGUAUUAAAAAUGGUAGUGAAUUAUGCGCGGCAAUUACAUGGCCAGAGAGCUUUAAGACAAAUUGUUGGGCCAACUAUUGAAAAAAUUUUAGCCGAUCGAACAUUAAGUAUAGAAACAAAUCCCGUUGAUAUUUAUAAGUGCUGGAGAAAUCAAUUAGAAAUGGAGACUGGAGAGACAUCAACUCUUCCAUAUACGGUAACGCAACAACAAGCUUUAAAUUAUGAACAAGUACGAAUUAGAUUGAAUAGAGGGAUACAAUUGUUGCAAAGUACUGUUUUAGAGUUCUUAAAUAAAAUAACAGAAUCCCGAGAUUUAAUACCCUAUGGAAUGUUAUAUAUGGCAAAAAUUUUAAACGAUUCUUUGACUGAAAAAUUCCCAAAUGCUCCAGAAAAAGAUAUUCUCAAAGUAAUCGGAAAUUUGAUCUAUUAUCAUUUUAUCAAUGCAGCUAUAGUAGCUCCAGAUGCUUUUGACAUAAUAACGUUACCGAUCGAUAGAUCAUUGUCAAACGAUCAACGAAGAAAUUUAGCUAGCAUUGCAAAAAUACUACAAUUUGCUGCUUCCAAAAAGGGGUUUGGAGAGGAAGCUACACAUUUAGUCUGCUUAAAUCCGUUUAUAAUUGAAUGUCACGAAAAAUUUAAGAAAUUCUUUCGUUACUGUUGUCAAAUUGAAGAUUUAGAAGAACACUUUUGCAUCCACGAAUACACCGAAGCCACGCUUAUUCACAAGCCUGAGAUUUACAUUUCGUUACAAGAAAUCUGUGAUACUCAUUGUCUCAUGCUAGAAUACCAAGAUCAAAUAGCGCCAGAUCCAAUGGAUCCCCUGCAUGAUUUAUUAGAUGAUUUAGGUCCUGCACCCACCGUUGCAUCUCUACUAGGAAUCUCUGACACGAUGUGCGAAGCAAAUUUAAUACGGUUUGGAAAAACGGAAGUGUGUCUGGUACUUACUAACAAGUUUCAAGUACAAGAAGAUGAAGAUGCCAGUUUAAACAAACUUUUUAUAAAGACUAAAGAGUUGUUGGUUUCUGUACUUCAAUUUUUGAAAGGGCAAACAUUAGUAGAGGCUUUGGAAACAAGUUGUUCUCCUGUGCAAGAAAAACUCUAUACUGUGAAAUGUUCUAGCAUAUCGCCUGCUUUAAAUAUCAUUCACAAGAGUUCGUCUUUAAAUGAUUGUAAACUUCAACUUCGCGCUUAUCUUAAUAAACUUGAACUUGGCGGAUGGGUGAGUCAAUCAGAUGGAUAUCAGAAUAUCAUAACAGCAGUGGCUAAAGAUCUUUGUAAUAAAGGAAAGUAUCGAAUCAUUCGAAAUAAGGAAUUACAAACUUUACGUGUAACUAAACAAAGACUAGAAGAAAAAUGCAAAUAUUAUCAAGAACAGGUAGAAUAUUAUAAUGAGUAUAUACAACGUUGCUUGGAGAACUUACAUACAGGAAAGGGAUCAUUGCGAGCAUUUAAAGCCAUUCAGAAAAACAAUCACGGUAAGUUGCGGUCUAAAAUGACACUGAAAUAUUCCGCGGCAAAGUUACAAGAAAAAGGGAUAUUGUUAGAAGUGGAUGGACUUCCACAAUCACAGUUUAAAAAUGUAAUUUUCGAAAUCAGUCCAACAGAACACACCGGACUUUUUAAUGUACGUUGUAAAUUUAUGGGGGUUGAAAUGGAAAAAGUUGAUAUUGAUAUACAAAAGUUACUUGAACUACAGUUUGAAGGUGCACCGAUUAUGGACAUGUUUGGUAAAGCAAAAGUUAACGUUAACUUGUUGUUGUAUUUAUUGAAUCGAAAAUUUUAUGGUAAGACUUGAAAGAAAAGAAUGAAAUGUGUUGUUUAUUAGUAUGACAAUUAUGCACUUGUGCAAUGUUUUAUUAUAAUUAUGAAUUUUUAAACAAAAAUACGUCGCGUUUUAAAUUUUGUAUAGCCUACGAAUAAUUUUUAGUAACAUAAAUUUUGUAAAUAAUUCCACUUAUAUAAACUGAAAUUUUUAGUACAAGAUUCGUUGGUAUGUAUAUAUGUAUGUAUUAUAAUAAUUGAUCAAUAUGAGGUAACAAUUCAACGAAAUAUAUAAAUUUUACAGAAACCUCGUGAAUGAUAAGAUCAUAUUAUGUAUAAAAGGUAAAACCAGCCUACACUGAUUCAAUUACCUUUAUCGUUAAUAUCGUAUGUCAGUUACAUUUAAUGAUAAUAUAUAAAAGAUUUUAUUAGAAUACUUGCUUUUAAAUUAUAAAUGUUUUAAGAGAAGUAUUUUUUUUUAUUUUUUUUUUUUUAAUUUUUAAUUUUUAUAAAAAUAAGUAAACUAACGGUAGUAAAUACUACUGUCGAGGGAAUACUCUUUUUCUUGGUUUAUUUUUACAACUAAACUUAACUUCAGCUGUGUGCUAUUUUUUAUUUUUCAAUAAGGGAUAAUUUGAAUAUAGUUGUUUGUAUUAUAUUGUAUACCGUUAAAAUAAGGUAAGGCAUAUUCUCAGAAAUUUUUAAACAAAUACAAUAGGCUAUCCAUUAUUAUUUAUAUGUUCCUAUAUACAUAUUUUAUAUUAUUCUUUAAAUAUUGGAUAACCCAGUAUUUUUGUGCACUUCAUAAAAUCUAAAGUCGAAUUAUUUCAACACAAACCCGAAAUUUCUAUCAUGUGUAUAUUUAAUUCAAUAAAUUCUAUUUUGUAAAAUAUACUACAUAAGGGCCUGUUUAGUGGAUAUUGGCGAAUCAGCCUGCACAUUUAAAAUAAAAAGAUUGAUUAAAAGAAAUUACAAUUCAUUCGUUAUUCAUUAGCUUGCAUAGUUUGUUAAUAAUUAUAAUCAUGAUUGAACUAACAUAUAAUAGACGUCAACUUCCUUUUUUACUGAACAUACAAUUGAACUGUUUAAAUACGAUCAGUGCAAGUAAGAAAUUCUUAAUUUAUAGAACAAAAACUUAUUGUAUUUUAUUUUAUAUAUACGAUAUAAACAUUACAUACAUAUUAUUUUAGAUAAAGUAUGCAAGCUUAUAUGGAUGUACAUACGCAAUAAUAUGUUGGUACAUAAAUUUUUCUGUUUGUAAUUACAAAAAACAUUGUAGAUAAACAACUCGCAUUGUAUUAUAAAUAUUAAUUUUUUUUCUUUUUCUUUCUUAUUUUUUUUUUUGUUUUUACAUAUUCGUUUUCUCUAAGUUUUAUUUUUACUCAACUUUAUUAUACAAAUCUGCCUUUACAUAAUUUACGUGACAGAUGCUAACAUCCAGGUACUGUGUCACGAGGUAUCUUGAAAGACAUUUUUAUAACUUAUGGGGCACAAAAUGUCAGUAAUAAUACUAAUAGUUUUCAUAUUUCAUUCUUUUCUUUUUGUUGUUGUUUUUUCUUGUUUUCAGUGAAUCAAGUAUUUAGUAUUUCUAAUGUAAUUGAUUAUGUGCAAGCAUUACAGUUCAUUAAAGCCUCCACGAAGCAGGCCGUGUAAAGUGCAUUUCAUGUAUUAUUAACCAUGUAGUAUAUAUAUAUAUAUAUCACCAUAAUAUUAAUUUUUUAUAAUAAAUAGCAUAAUAACAUUAA